AGUAGUCCCUCUGAUUUUCUUCCUUAGGGUAUAAGUCGGCUGCAAGGUUCUACUUACGAUCCAGGAGUUGGAAGAAGAUCAGAUUUCUCAGGGCUCUAUGCUCCUAUCUGCAAGGUCAUCCAGAGGAGGUAUUUAAUCCCCAUCCACAAGAAAAAGCUGGGACUCGUGGUAGGAAACAUGGUCUCCUUCUUGUCAGCGAUUCCUCAUGUUAUUGUUAUGUCAGCAGAAUUUAUCACAGGGUUUACAGUAAAUGGAUUUCUUAUCCUCAUCAACUGUAAAGAACUGAUCAAAAGCAGAAAGCUUACACCAAUGCAACUCCUUUUCCUAUGUAUAGGGAUGUCGAGAUUUGGUCUGCUGAUGGUGUUAAUGGUGCAAAGUUUUUUCUCUGUGUUCUUUCCACUCUUUUAUAGGGUAAAAGUUUAUGGUGCAGCAAUGUUGUUCUUCUGGAUGUUUUUCAGUUCUGCCAGUCUCUGGUUUGCCACCUGCCUUUCUGUAUUUUACUGCCUCAAGAUAUCAGGCUUCACUCAGUCCUAUUUUCUUUGGCUGAAAUUCAGGAUCUCAAAGUUAAUGAGCUGGCUGCUUUUGGGAAGCUUUCUGGCCUCCAUGAGCACAGCAGCUCUGUGUAUUGAGGCUGAUUACCCUAAAGACACAAACGAUGAUGAUGUACUCAAGAAUGCCACGCUGAAGAGAACUGAACCCAAGAUAAGGCAAAUUAAUGGAGUACUUCUUGUCAACUUGGCAUUACUAUUUCCUCUAGCCCUAUUUGUGAUGUGCACUUUUAUGUUACUCAUUUCUCUCUACAAGCACACUCAUCGGAUGCAAAAUGGAUCUCAUGGUGUUAGAAAUGCCAGCACAGAAGCCCAUAUAAAUGCAUUAAAAACAGUGAUGACGUUCUUUUGCUUCUUUAUUUCUUAUUUUGCUGCCUUCAUGGCAAAUAUGACAUUCAGUAUUCCUUAUAGAAGUCAUUGCUUCUUUGUACUAAAGGAUAUAAUGGCAGCAUUUCCCUCCGGCCACUCAAUUAUAAUCAUCUUGAGUAAUUCAAAAUUCCAACAACCUUUCAGGAGACUUCUCUGCCUCAAAAAGAAUCAAUGA